AUGUCUUCUAACCACGCUUUGGUGUUUGGCGCCAGUGGAAUCACUGGCUGGGCCAUUACUAACCUCAUUCUCAACGGAUACCCCACUCCGGACACCUUUGAAUCCGUCACAGCGCUCACCAACCGACCUCUGGCAGCGAAGGCAGCACAAUGGCCUUCUUCUUCCAAACUCCAAAUUGUUAGCGGCAUCGACAUUCUGACGCCCAAGGGACAAUCGGGGUUGGAGGAAGAGUUGAAGUCUAAGGUGACGCACAUGAGCAAAGUUACCCAUGUCUACUUCUUUGCAUAUAUCAUGGAUGCGGAUCCAGCCAAGGAGAUUUCCACCAACGUCGACCUCCUGUCGAGGGCCAUCCGAGCUGUGGAAAGGCUGGCACCCAACCUCAAGUUCGUCGUUCUCCCCACCGGCACGAAAGCAUACGGCGUACAUCUCAUCGACGAAUUCCCAUUCAAGAACGACCUUCCUCUGAAGGAGUCCCUGCCUAGAAUCCCCGAGCCACACGCCUCCCAAAUGUUCUACUACAACCAGUGCGAUGAGCUGGCUGCUCUGUCGAAAGGCAAGGCUUGGACGUGGUGCGACGUGAUACCCGAUGUGAUUGUUGGCUUUGUUCCCAACAACAACAUCUACUGCCUAGCGCAGGCCCUUAGUCUUUACCUUUCCCUCUAUGCCGAGAUCAAUGGCAAGGGCAGCGAGGUCCAAUUCCCAGGCACUGAAGAGUCUUGGAAGAUCCUUAGCAAUGACAGCAGUCAAGAUAUCGUGGCAAAGGUUGCCAUUUACGCCUCUCUGCACCCAGAAAAGUCUAGCGGGAAGCGAUACAAUGCAGCAGACAGUUCCAAAGCCUCGUCUUGGAGCAAGAAGUGGCCUGUUAUCUGCGAAUACUUUGGUCUUAAGGGUGUCGCGCCACCUGCGGGCGGGUCUGGCCCGCAACCGACCCAGUACUUGGCGGACCACAUUGACCAGUGGAAGGAGGUGGAGAAGAAGUACGGCCUGGUGACUGGCCGUGUAGGAAACGAGCGAAGCUUUGGUGGAUUUCCAUACUUCAUUAUGACCAUGUUCAACUUUGAUAGGCACCUCGAUAUGUCGCAGGUACACGAGAUGUGGGGAGAGGCCAAGGAGGAGGUGGACACAAAGGCAGCAUGGUGGACGGCGUUUGAUCGGUUCCGCAAGGCUAAGAUUAUUCCAUAG